GUUAACACUAUAAAACUCAAAAUCGCUAUCUCCUUCAUCUUGUCGCUAUUAGGGUUCUUAUUAACAUAAAACACACAGUAACAUGGAAACUCUUGUGAAUUAGUUUGAGUAGAGCCUAAAAGUUUUGAUCUUUGUGUUACUUCUAACUAAGAACUGAUUGUAUAUAUUCGAGGUAGAAAGGUCUCAUCUUUAAGAGUUUUUCUUGUUGUUGUUCGGUAAUAAUGAUUCCUGAACUGGGAAGAAGGCCGAUGCUUAGAGGAAACGGAGAUUCCUCCUUUGGGGAUGAUUACGAGAAAGAGAUUGGAGCUUUGCUUAGCGAGCAGCAGCGACGGCAAGAGGAAGCUGAUGAGCUCGAGAAAGAGCUUAACUUGUACAGAAGCGGCUCUGCUCCGCCCACCGUGGACGGUUCCUUUAGCGCCGCCGGAGGGCUUUUCAGCGGCGGAGGUGGGGCUCCGUUUUUGGGAAAUGGGUUUGGCUGUGAGGAUGAGGAGUUUAGGAAAGAUCCAGCUUACUUGUCUUAUUACAAUGCUAAUAUGAAGUUGAAUCCGAGGUUGCCUCCUCCUUUGUUGUCUAGGGAGGAUUUGAGGGUUGCUCAGAGGGUUAAAGGGAGUAGCGCUGUGUUAGGUGGUAUUGGUGAUAGGAGGAAAGUGAAUGAUAGUCAUCAAUCUUUGUUCUCUAUGCCGCCUGGUUUUGAGCAGAUGAAGAAGCAAGAAUUUGAGCCUGAGAAAACUAAUGCUUCUUCUUCUGAGUGGGAUGCUAAUGGGCUUAUCGGUUUGGAUCUUGGAGGCAAGCAGAAGAGUUUUGCUGAUAUCUUUCAGGCUGACAUGGGGCUUGGGAAUCCCAUUGCACAGCAGCCCUCACGUCCUGCAAGUCGUAAUGAAAAAGGCGACUACGCAGAUAAUCCGUCUUCAUAUGCGUCACAAGGCAUAGGUGCACAACCACCGUUCAGCUAUGCAGCUGUUCUUGGUUCUUCAUUGUCUAGGAAUGGAACUCCAGAUCCGCAGGCCGUUGCUAGGGUGCCUAGUCCCUGCCUUACUCCCAUUGGAAGUGGAAGAGCUAGUGCAAAUGAUAAGAGGAACACAAGUAAUCAAAGCCCUUUCAAUGGGUCUGGUCUCAACGAGUCUUCUGAUCUCGCCUCUGCUCUGUCUGCUAUGAACCUGUCGGGCAGUGGUGGGUUAGAUGAACGUGGUCAGGCUGAGCAGGAUGUCGAAAAGGUCAGGAGCUAUAUGUUUGGUGGUCAUAACGAAGUUAAUCAACAGGGGUUCCCAAAUGACUCUAAUCAAGCUCAUAAGUCAACUGGUUCUCGGAGGAAUCCACAAUUGAGAGGGUCACAAGGAUCUGUCUAUAACAGGGGAGUUGGGCUACCUGGUCCUUACCAGCAUCAGUAUCUUGAUAGCCCAAACUUUGGCCUGAACAACUGUGCGUUAACUCCAGAUGUAGCUUCUAUGAUGGCUAGCCAGCUUGGGACUAGUAACCUUUCUCCAAUGUAUGAAGAUGUUUCCUCGGCAUCUGCUUUGGACUCCAGACUUUAUGGGAGAGGUUUUGCAUCUUCUGGUCAAAACCUCUCUGAAUCACGUAAUCUCAGCAGGAUCAGUAACCGAAUGAUGGCAGGAGGUGCUGGUCUUCAGUCACAUAUUGCAGACCCAAUGUAUCAUCAGUAUGCUGAUUCGCUUGAUCUUCUUAAUGAUCCUAGAAUGGAUAUGGGCUUUAUGGGUAAUUCAUACAUGAGUAUGCUUGAACUCCAAAGGGCUUAUCUGGGAGCUCAGAAAUCACAGUAUGGUGUCCCUUACAAAUCUGUGAGCCCUAAUAGCCAUAGCUAUUAUGGGAGUCCGACAUUUGGAUCUAAUAUGUCAUACCCUGGGAGCCCAUUGGCUCUUCAUGCUAUGCAAAAUCCUCUUGUGGCACCUCUUAGCCCUAUGAGAAGAGGUGAAGUUAAUAUGCGAUAUCCUUCUGCAGCAAGAAACUACUCGGGAGGCGUAAUGGAUUCUUGGCACUUGGGUGCUAGCUUGGAUGGAGGCUUUGGAUCCUCGUUACUUGAAGAGUUCAAAAGUAACAAAACAAGAGGAUUUGAACUUUCUGAGAUAGCUAGUCAUGUUGUGGAGUUCAGUGCGGAUCAAUAUGGGAGCCGGUUUAUCCAGCAGAAACUGGAGACAGCAACAACUGAUGAGAAAAACAUGGUUUAUGAGGAGAUCAUGCCACAAGCGCUUGCCCUGAUGACUGAUGUUUUUGGAAACUAUGUCAUUCAAAAGUUCUUUGAGCAUGGACUCCCGCCACAGAGGAGAGAAUUAGCAGAGAAGCUCUUUGACAAUGUUUUGGCUCUUAGCCUACAGAUGUAUGGUUGUCGUGUCAUCCAGAAGGCAAUUGAGGUGGUUGAUCUAGACCAGAAAAUUAAGAUGGUGAAAGAACUUGAUGGACAUGUCAUGCGAUGUGUACGUGAUCAGAAUGGGAACCAUGUGGUUCAGAAGUGCAUCGAAUGUGUCCCUGAAGAAAACAUUGAGUUUAUUAUUUCUACCUUCUUUAGUCAAAUUGUGACUCUCUCCACUCACCCAUAUGGGUGCCGUGUUGUUCAGAGGGUAUUGGAACACUGCCAUAACGCGGUUACACAGAGUAGGGUGAUGGAAGAAAUCUUGUCCAGUGUUAGUAUGUUGGCCCAAGACCAGUAUGGAAACUAUGUUAUCCAGCACGUACUGGAGCAUGGAAAACCUGAUGAGCGAACUGUGAUAAUCACAGAACUAGCAGGGAAGAUUGUUCAGAUGAGCCAGCAGAAGUUUGCAUCAAACGUUGUUGAGAAAUGUUUGACUUUUGGAUGUCUAGAGGAACGAGAGUUGCUUGUAAAUGAGAUGCUGGGCACAACUGAUGAAAAUGAGCCUCUUCAGGCGAUGAUGAAGGAUCAGUUUGCAAACUAUGUAGUGCAAAAGGUUCUGGAGACAUGUGAUGACCAACGUCGUGAGUUCAUACUUGCUCGUAUUAAAGUGCAUCUUAAUGCCUUGAAGAAAUACACUUACGGAAAGCAUAUCGUUGCCCGUGUUGAAAAACUCGUCGCUGCUGGAGAGAGGAGAAUGGGUUUGCAGCCGUCCAUAAAUCAGCCUCAGAUGGCUUGA